AUAAUUGCUCCGGCGAAAUGUGUGGAAUAGCGCUGAUUGUCGCCGGAAUUCGCAUAGACAUAUCGUCGCUUCUUCCCAAUUUUACCUCUCCAACGCCUCAGUUUCAUCAGAAGAAUUUGGUUUCAGUGGAAGAAAUUAAAUCUGCCCUGCGUAGAAGAGGCCCGGACAGCUUAGGGAGCAAGACUGUGAUUCUUCAGUCCAGAAUUUCUCCUAUCGGAGAAGGGGAAUGUGAAAUUUUUGCUGUAGCUGGUGAUGGUGAUGAAAUAAGUGACAGAAAUGGCGGUGGUGGCGUUAGAGAAUUGCUUGGAGUUGCAGAAUUGCAGUUUAUUGGGGCUACAUUGCAGCUCAGAGGUGUGGACCCUAUGGUUCAGCCUUUGGUGGAUGAGUGCGGGAAUAUUCUUGUGUAUAAUGGUGAAAUCUUUGGAGGUAUUCAUGUGUCUUGUGAUGAAAAUGACACAGAGAUUCUUAUGCAAUCCUUGAGAGGGUGCUGUUGUAUUUUAAAUGAACAUAAUAUAUCUCAAUUUUAUGAUGCACAAAUGCAUAAAUCCAUUCCUGCCCUACUUUCUCAAAUCAAGGGACCGUGGGCUAUGAUAUAUUGGCAGAAUAGCUCAAAGACCUUGUGGUUCGGGAGGGACGCAUUUGGUAGGCGGAGCCUUCUUGUUCAUUGGCCCACACAAGAGGACUCUCGGUUUCUUCUAUCUUCCGUGUCACCACCAUCUGCAACAAUGGAAAGAUCUGCCUGCAGUAAUUAUGAGCAUAGUGAUUUCUGGGAAGAACUUCCUUGUGGAGUGUACAGUUUGUCUAUUGAUACUUCAAAAACCAAUAGAGAUUUGGUUGCUAAAGUUACAAAACAUGAUUGGCCUGAUCCAAAUCUUAAAGAACUAAUUAGAUGGGAGAGAGAUUUAAUACAACCCAGCCCAGAGGACCUGCAAAUUUCUCAGAUGAAGAUUUCUUGUUGGGAGCAAGACAUUCACCCUAAUGGUACUGAUUGGCUCAACACUGACUCAAGUUUCUCCUUCCAAUGCUUUUAGGACAUAUGGUGUGCUCGUCUACGUUGUUACUACAGAGAGUUCUACUGGCUUUGAGAGAAUCGGUCACGAAACGGACUUCAAAAUAUACAGUUUAUCAGGCAGUUUCACUUGGAUGUGAGCGUAAAAACUAUGCUCCGAUAGCACUGCUAUUUUCUGGUGGAUUGGAUUCUAUGAUACUUGCAGCAUUGUGUGAUCAGUGCAUAGAUGCAAACUAUGCAAUUGAUCUGCUUAAUGUAAGUUUUGAUGGUCAAUGUGCUCCCGAUAGAAUAUCUGCCAGGGCUGGUCUUAAGGAGCUCCAAAGGAUUGCCCCAUCAAGACGAUGGAAACUUGUAGAAAUUGAUGCUGAUCUACAGAACCUAACAUCUGAAACAAAACAUGUCAUGUCACUUAUAAAUCCUGCAAAGACCUUCAUGGACCUGAAUAUAGGAAUAGCACUAUGGUUGGCAGCUGGUGGCGAUGGUUGGGUAUAUCAAACCAACAUGAGCAGUAGUGUUGCUGAAAUCUGUGAACGCGUCAAGUACAAGUCUGAGGCCAGGAUUCUACUGGUAGGCUCUGGUGCAGAUGAGCAGUGUGCUGGAUAUGGCCGGCAUAGGACUAAGUUCAGAAACGGAAGCUGGCUAGGGCUUAGCGAGGAGAUGAAACUCGACAUGCAAAGGAUUUGGAAGAGGAAUCUUGGACGAGACGAUAGAUGCAUUGCCGACAAUGGCAAAGAGGCUAGGUUUCCUUUCUUGGAUGAGGAUGUCAUAAGGGCAUUGCUUGAUAUUCCUUUGUGGGAGAUUGCCGACCUGAACCAGCCAAGCGGUGUUGGGGAUAAGAUGAUCUUGCGAGAGAUUGCCCGAUCGCUUGGAUUAUCCGAAGCUGCUUCUCUGCCCAAAAGAGCAAUCCAGUUCGGUUCUAGGAUAGCACGAGAAUCAAAUCGCAAGAACUUUGGAAGCAACCGCGCUGCAAACCAAGCAUCUGCAGGAAGUGUGGAUAUAUAUGGACAAACUGAGGGUUAAAAGACAGAGAGCGGGCACCUUUUGUGAGGUACAGAAGUUGAACUUGCAUGCUGAGUAGCCUAGCUUCAAGAUUGUCACUCUUUGUGCCCCUCAAAAUGGCUCUAAUAUCACCAUGAUGAGUUUUAAAUUGGUAGACACAAAAGAUUUUGUGACUAUUUGUACAAUUGUACCCAAGGUCUGCGUACAACCGUACACACACCCUCUCCAAACCUACUCUUGUGGGACCCAAUUGGGUUGUUGUUGUUCCCAAGGCCUUGUAAUAGUCGGUCAUGUCGGGGUUUUUCUGUUCUUCAAAGUUUCUCUUGCACUUAUUCAUCCUAUGCGAACCUCAACCGUUGCGAGUGAGCUACGUCUUGGGCGAUGCCUGCAACAGAGACUUCUU